AUGGGGCGAGUGGAAGUAGAAGGAGAAUCCGCGAAAAUGCUUCCAGGAGAGGUUCCACUGCCCCUGCCUGUGCAGAACGAGAUCCCCGUGGUGAUUGCGCGCCCACGCCGCAACCAGCCUAACAACCGUCGGGUGAACAACCGCAUCAUCGUGCGCCUGCCCCUGCGUAACAACGAGCCGGCGAUGAUGCAGCCAGUGUGGCUGGUGGACGCCGCUCCAGCUGAACCGGAGCGCAACGCCGAGUCCCGCUGCCUCUCUAACGAGCGUCUGCAUCACCGCAUCGGGGAUGACCGUGCGAUGAUGCACAUUACCGUGCCAUCCCAGCUGGCUGCAAGCGUAGACGCGCGAGAUAGCUUACGAUGUGGAUGCCAGAAUCUCAUUCAAGCUUUAGAUGAAGACACGCUGACAGGAUCGACGGGGUUUACCACUUGUGUGGAUGACAAUUCCCAGAGGCAGGAUGAUUUCUUCGGUGGUUGGAUGAGUCCAGGAUUGGUUGGCGGACUGUCCGCUGAUCACCACGUAAAUGACACCUGUAAGCGUACUGGCGCCAAAUUAAGUAUUCAGCAAUACUGUGCACGUACUCCCAAUGAUGCUAUUCUGAUCUAG